AUGGAUGAAAAUGUGAUUAUUGACGGAGAAGGUAUAUUUAGAAACGAACCAAAUAUUCCAUAUGAGGAUGAGGCUCAAAACAUCUUUCGUCUUGAAAAUGCUAAAAAUGGUGGCAUUAUGGCGUACGCUAUUCCUAAUUUAACUAAACUGCACACAGGGAUACGUAAGCCUACCAUUGAUGCCACCCAUUUUUCACUUAAACCACUGAUGUUUCAAAUGCUUCAAACAAACGGCCAGUACGCUGGUUUAUCUUCUGAAGAUCCUCAUUCUCAUCUGCGUUCUUUCAUGGAAAUCACAGACUCUUUUCUCAUCCCUGAUGUUUCAGACGAUGCUUUGAGACUAAAACUUUUUCCAUUUUCACUAAGGGAUCGAGGAAGAGCAUGGUACAAUUCUUUGCAACCAGACUCUGUGACUACAUGGAAUGAAAUGGCAGAAAAGUUUUUGAAAAAACAACUAGAUGAUGAAGCAGUUCCUGAUGCAUGGGAAAGGUAUAAAGAGCUGCUGAGAAAAUGCCCUCACCAUGGCAUUCUGUACUGCAUACAGCUAGAGACAUUUUACAACGGUUUAAAUAUCGUUGCUAGACAAAUGCUCAACGCUACUGCAGGCGGUGCUUUCACAGCUUGUACCUAUAAUGAAGGUUUUGACAUACUUGAAAAGAUUUCCAACAAUAACGGACAAUGGUCUGACCCACGUGCAAUGCCAUUGAAGAAAACAGCUGGAAUAAAUGAGGUAGAUGCUGUCUCGGCAUUAACAGCUCAGAUCAGUAAACUAAUUUCAAAUUUAACAUCUAGCCCACAUGUGCAAUCUGAUGCUAAUACCUUUAAUUCCAAUGUUCAAUCAGUGCAACGCGUGUAUUGUGGUGAAGGUCACGCUUUUGAGCAGUGUCCUGAAAAUCCGGAGCAUGUAAAUUAUGUCAACAAGACUGGACCAUUUUCACAGACUUAUAAUCCGGGAUGGCGAAAUCAUCCAAAUUUUUCGUGGCAUAGUCCAGCUCUUAAUCCGCCAAUGCAAAAGCCUCAAGGACAGUCCAAUUUUCAACAAGGACAGUCCAAUUUUCACUCACAAGCGCAUCAAGGCAAUCAUAAUAAUCAACAUGCUAAUUUUCAGAAUCAUCAGUCUUCUUUCCAAAGCAAGCCCAAACAACAAGCUGAUUCAUUUACUUCUUUGGAAGYAAUGAUGAAGGGUUUUAUAACCCAAACUCAAUCUUCAAUUAAACAUCUCGAAACUCAAAUGAGACAGAUGGCUUUGGAGAUUAGAAAAAGACCAGUAGGUUCUCUACCCAGUGAUACAGAGAUACCUCAGAGGGAAGGAAAGGUGUUAAGGUUGUUACUUUAA